CCAUGGCGGAGGAGGUAUGGGUGGGCACCUGGAGGCCCCAUCGCCCCCGGGGGCCCAUCAUGGCCCUCUACAGCAGUCCUGGGCCUAAGUAUCUGAUCCCACCCACCACGGGAUUCGUGAAACACACACCCACCAAGCUGCGUGCGCCAGCCUACAGCUUCCGCGGGGCCCCCAUGCUCCUGGCUGAGAACUGCUCUCCAGGGCCCCGCUACAGCGUGAACCCCAAGAUCCUAAGGACUGGCAAGGACCUUGGCCCUGCCUACUCCAUUCUGGGGCGCUACCACACCAAGACCAUGAUGACGCCCGGCCCAGGAGAUUACUUCCCUGAGAAAUCGACCAAGCACGUCUUUGACUCGGCACCCAGUCACUCCAUCUCUGCCCGGACCAAGACCUUCCGUGUGGACAGCACUCCAGGCCCAGCAGCAUACAUGCUUCCCAUGGUGAUGGGACCCCACACGGUCGGCAAGGUAUCCCAGCCCUCCUUCUCCAUCAAGGGCCGCAGCAAGCUAGGCAGCUUCAGCGAUGACCUGCACAAGACCCCAGGUCCCGCAGCCUACCGCCAGCCUGAUGUGCAAGCAACCAAGUUCAAAGCUCCGCAGUACACCAUGGCUGCCCGGGUGGCACCUCCUGGGGACAAGACCCUCAAGCCAGGACCAGGAGCCCACAGCCCGGAAAAGGUGACCCUAACCAAGCCCUGCGCCCCCAUCGUCACCUUUGGCAUCAAACAUUCAGACUACAUGACACCCCUGGUGGUGGACGUGGAAUAGCCU